AUGGCUGCAGUAUGGCCCGUGAUCGCCUGUGGUGUCGGUCUUUUCUCAGAUGGUUAUUUGAACGGCGUCAUCGGUUCCGUGAACACGCUCCUCGCCCAAAUCUACCCCAACGAAUACGCUGGCUCAACCUACUCUAAGCGAAUCUCCUCCAUCGUCUUCGUCGGCACCGUUGUUGGGCAACUCCUCUUCGGCUAUUUUUCCGACAAAAUUGGUCGCAAGUUCGGUAUCUUGUCCGCGACGAUCAUCGUCAUUGUUUUCUCGGCGUUGAGUGCCGGGAGUUAUGGAGCGGGAGGCAGUGUGAAGGGGAUGUUUGCGGCGUUGACGGUGUAUAGGUUUUUCUUGGGGAUUGGGAUCGGGGCAGAGUAUCCUGCGGGAUCUGUUGCGGCGAGUGAGGCGACGAAUGAUUGUAAGAAGGGGUGGAGGCAUGCGCUUUUCAUCGCCGUUACGAACUGCGUGAUCGACGCUGGGUUCGUUAUCGCUGCAUUCGUCCCCCUUGUGUUGGUCUGGAUCUUCGGCGAGAAUCAUACUCGCGCCAUCUGGCGUAUCGCACUCGGCCUCGGUGUCGUCCCACCGCUCGCAAUCUUCUGGGUCCGUCUCAAGCUCAAGGAACCCGAGCGUUUCCAAACUCAGUCCAUGCGCAAUGUCCGUAUCCCUUACCUCCUCGUUUUGAGGAGAUACUGGUUCCGCCUCAUCGCGAUCUCGAUCGUUUGGUUCUUGUACGACUUCACCGCCUACUCCUUCGGUAUCUUUUCCUCCCCUAUCCUCGAACGUAUCAUCCCGAACCCUACGCUCGUCGAGACCUUCGGGUGGAACACCGUUAUCAACCUCUUCUAUAUCCCCGGUGCCUUCGCCGGUGCUUUCGCCUCCGACUGGCUCGGCCCCAAGACUUGUUUGGUCGUCGGUGUCACACUCCAAGCCAUCAUCGGGUUCUUCAUGUCCGGGUUCUACUCCAAGCUCGUCGAGAAUGUCGCCGGAUUCGCUGUCAUCUAUGGAAUCUUCCUCACGUUUGGUGAGUUCGGGCCCGGUGACAACAUCGGUCUCAUCGCAUCCAAGUCCUUUCCCACGGCUGUGCGCGGCCAGUGCUACGGCAUCGCCGCCGCCAUCGGAAAGAUCGGAGCAUUCGCCGGUUCUUACGCUUUCACCGAUAUCAUCAACGCUUUUGGUGGGUCCUCCACUGACCGUGGUAACUCUGGUCCAUUCUUCGUUGGUUCGGCGUUCGCGGUGGUCAUUGCGUUGAUCACACUUUUCUGCUUGCCGAAGUUGAGUCAGGAGUGUAUCGAGGAGGAGGACAUUGCGUUCCGUGCGUACCUCGUGGAUCAAGGAUGGGAUGUUAGUAAGAUGGGGUUGUUGAAGGAGUCUGCCGACGAGAAGAAGGGGCAGGUGCAGCCUAUCUACACCGCUGAGCGUGCGUUGUAA